UGUUACCAAGGAGACGAUUUUAGCCAAUUCCAGUGCACUGCAGGUUUUCUGAAUCCUGCAGCCAUGUCCAGGUCCCCUGACCCCCCUGAGGCUGCAGACCCCAGGCAGUUGAGGAGGAUCAUCGCUGAAGACGCUCACUGGUUCCUGAACACAGUGCCUUCUUUAUCCAACCUCUGUCUGCAAUCUAUUGUGAACCACUUCGAGGAAAGGCCCAUAUGGGAAAACCUUUCCCCCGUCCACAAAGACUUUGUGCAGGAGAGACUGUCCACCUCCAUGCCCCUGCAUGUGACAGCCAACCUGAUCCACGACGGGGUGUACUGGAAGCGCUGCUGCGAGAAGUGGGGGGGCAUUCGUGACCUAACUCAUUAUGGCAACAGCUGGAAACGAAUGUUCUUUGAGAAGCACAUGGAGAACAUGAUUGAGCUUUUUAUCCCAGAUGUAACGGAGCCAAAGACCUUUGUAGAGAUGGUUCCUCUUUGUAAGGACUACAUCAAGAGGCUAAACAUCUCCCAGCUCCUGCCGCCUGUCACGGAGCCGCAGAAGGAGGAGGAGGAAUAUGGCUCCGAGUUGGUCAUUGAAAAUGAGGACGGACCCUCCAUGGACCACUUUGACUUUAACAUCAUGCUCGACAAGCUGACAAACCUGGAAGAGUUCCAUGUAGUGUACAGGGUCAAACAAUGUGGUCUGAACUUCGAAUGUAAGAUGUUUGAGAUGACCCACAGAGAUUGUGAGUCCCUCGCCAAGGCUGUGAAGUCCUGUAAGACUUUGAAGAUUCUAAGGCUCAAUCUAAGUCACAUGGAGGAUACAAAGUGCCGGCUGCUGGUGAAAUACCUUCUGGACCACCCGUCCCUGAGGGAGCUCGACCUCUCUCACAACCUGAUCGGAGACAAAGGAGCCAGAGCCAUCGGGAAGCUGCUCAACAGGAGCAGCCUGGAGACCCUGAACCUGUGUGACAACAAUAUCGGAGGCCCCGGGGCCAAAGCUCUAGCUCAUGCCUUGUCCAUGAACUCUACCCUGUUGUCACUCAACCUGCGUCUCAACCGUUUGAGAGAUGAGGGGGGGCAGGCGAUCGGGAAGGCCUUGCUGAACAACAACACACUGCUUCUCCUGCACCUGGGAGCCAACGAGGUCACAUGGCCCUCUGCCAUCGCUCUGUCUAAAGUGCUGGUUCAGAGAAGCACCCUUAAGAGCCUCAAUCUCUCCUGCAACAACCUGGGAGUGGAUGGAGGCAAAGCUCUGGAGGAGGCCAUGUCCAACAACAGCAGCCUGACAGAGUGCGAUAUCCGUCUGACGGAGGUUGAGGAGCAGAGCGCGUCCUUCGUCAACCAGGUGGUGUGGACAAACCAGAGUUUAGAACAAAGGAGACACGCUCGGGAAAGUAAAACCAAAAAAACAUCAACAGCUGUUUAUUGAAAUACAAACCCAUAUUCGUUAGUGUUUCAUUCCUGCUGUCCAGUAUUCAUUAAGCCACCGAGCUUGGCUGCUAUUGGUUGAUUUUUAACAAAAUGUCAGCACCCACAAAAACACAACAUAUGGAGUUAUCUUGUCCAUAGUAGCAUCUAUCUACAGCACCUUUGGAUAAUUACUAUUUGCAGCUUUGAAUUAUUGCGCCUAUUUCAAAUUUGGUUUUGUAGAUUUUUCAUACACAAAUAAUUGGCACAAUAUAAAUGGUGUAAAUGUGUAAAAACCACAAGAUAGUGAUAUUAUGUGUUAUCAUAUCAUAGCAUAUUAAAACAUAGACCAUGUAUACAUUUGACUAGUGUAUCACUAGGGUAAUAAGAAAUAGUUUGUAUAGUUCCUAACCCUGACGUUAUAAUUUGUUGUCUAUUCAUUUGGUUUCAGUCACGGGUAUAUCUAAUUCUAGGGCAAGUUAAAAUAAAUACAAAAUAUAUAGUUAAUAAUUUCCAAUUGCAUUCAAUUUGUUAUCAACAAAGGUUUGAAUGUAAACAAAAUGAUAUUUGGUGCAGCCUUAAAUCACAUUCUGACGUUUUCUUACAAUUGUCAUGAAUUAAUUUUUCACACAGUUUUUUGUGAGCAUUUCAGUUUAUUGAGGAGCCUUUUUGUCAUUCUGAUACACAGAUUUGGUUUUCAGUCCUUAUGUAACAUCAAGGCCACGUUGUGGUGGUGUUAGAAUACAUACACUCUCUUGUUGUUGUUGUUGUUGUUGUUUUUAAACCUAUAUCUACUGACCAAUAAUAUAGAAGAACUUUGCUUAGUGGCAACAAAAAAUCUUAACUAAUAAUCUUGCAAAACUAUUAAUUUUAGAAUUAAUAGAAUCAUUCCAAGAGAAGCCUUCUGUAAUGGUGGACUAGCACACUGAGACAUCUACAUAGGAUAAAUGACUAUCAAUAAUAACCCAAUCAUUUUCCUUAAAAAAAAUGUUCUUGUGAAGUGUAUCAAAUAUGUUUUUUAAAACGUAAAUAUGGGAUUAAAGGGAAACAAACACCAUCAAAUAGCAAAUGUUGCCUGAAUCAUUUUACAGCGGAUUGUAUUGCCGUUUUUGACCAAACAAACCUACCAUUCUACAUCUGCACAUUAAAAAUGUCCCUGCCUCUGUUACCACUAAUUGUGCGACACAUUCCGCUAAGCAGUUCAAUUUCACUGCUACGCCGAUGACAUCCAACUUUAUAUCUCAACAAAAACCAUCACCCCCACAACACACUCCACUCUCACCAACUGUCUCUCAGAAAUAAAAGCAUGGAU